GCCUUGCGGCUCCGCGCGCUCCGCCUCGGGGGUCGUUUCUUCUUCUUCUUCUUCCCGCCAAAACAAAAGAGCGCUUCACCUCCACUUAAACAUAUUCAUAACGAUUUUAAUAUAUAUGUGUAUAAUACGUAAAAAAUGUAGGAAAUACCAACGCAUCUCAUUAUCCUCUACUGUAUAUUACCUUGUUUUUCUUCAUCUAAUUGUAAAACUCACCAAAAUUAACAAAUAUAUUUUCUAGUUUUUCUUUUUUUAGCAACCGUACGAAAAUUGUAUUAUUAUUUUUUACACGCGUAAAGAAAUCUGUUAUUAUCAGUCCUACCACUUCUCGUUAGUUAUUACUUUGUCGGCGGGAUUUUUUUGUUUAUUUGAUUUUAAAUGUGAAAUUCUGAGGAGAAAGUGGAGUCGCAGCUUCCUCUCGUCUGUCGCAAGACUCUGAUCGCUCCUUCUCAAUCACUCUAUGCCUGUGUGUAACUUUGUGUUUACUAUUACACGCUUUCCUGCCUUGUACCAUGUAAACAUUCGUCGUCGCACGCGUGUGUGCCCAUGUACUUUGAACUUCUUUCGCACCGUACGUAGCCAACCGCGUUAAUCGGAGGUGGUGGUUGUAGAUGGUUGUUGUUGUUGUUGUUUGAGCGUGGAGAUUUGUUGUUGUUGGUUCUCUCUCCUCUGCUGGUGGUUGUGUCGUGAUCGCGGGAUGGCGGUUCGGGUUCGUCUCGUGUUGUAGUGGUGGUGGUUGUUGUGGUGGUGUUGUUGUGGUGGUUGUCGUGGUGUAGUUGUAGUGGUUGUUGUGGUGGUAGUGUUGUGGUGGUAGUGUGGUGGUAGUUGUGGUUGUCGUGGUGAUGGUGUUGUGGUGGUAGUGUUGUGGUGGUUGUAGUUGUGGUGGUUGUAGUUGUGGUGGUAGUGUUGUGGUGGUGGUAGGGUUGUGGUGGUUUUGUGGUGGUGUUGUGGUGGUGGUAGUGUUGUGGUAGUGGUGUUGUGGUAGUGGUGGUUGUUGUUGUGGUUGUUGCGGGAUGUUGUGGCUCGUGGUGGUCGCCACGUGCCUCGCGGCGGCGGCGGCGGGCGCCUCCCUCGUCGAGCGCGUUCACUGGAGCACGCGGGACCCGCGGUUCUACCCGGGCAGCCACGGGGUGAUCCUCUACCCGCAGAUGGGAGACCGCAUCGACCUCAUCUGCCCCGUGAUGUCAUCAUCACCGUUCUCAUCAUCGUCAUCAUCGUCGUCAUCUUCUCAGUCAUCCGCAUCGCUGCCACGGAGGCAGUGGCCGCAGUGGAGCGACUCGGCCGUAGCGGAUUCUGGGUCCGGUUUGGGACUGGGUCUGGGUUUUGGUCCGAGUCCGGAUUUUGGCACAGGUCCAGGUCCAGAUCUCGGUAUGGGACCUGGUCCAUUCCUUGGCAUGGAUCCAGCCGUGGCUUCGGGACCUGGUCCAGGCUCGGGACCGGGUCUGGGAGUGGGUUCGGGUCCUGGCCUGGGUACGGGUCCAGGUCUGGGGUUCGGUCCCAGUCCUGGUCUGGGUGUAAACCUGGAUCUGGAUCUGAGCACCGGCCCUGCUCAGAGAUCCGGACCAAGUCCCGGUGCCAUUCCAGCCCUGGCUUCUGGUCCCGGUCCAAACUGGGGUCACGUGCCUGGUUCCGAUUUGGGUCUGGAUCUGUCCUUGGAUCUGGGUGCUGCUGUUGCUGCUGCUGGUGGUGGUUUUGGACCAGGUUCUCGACCCAUUCUCGGUCACGGCACUGGCCCGGGUCCCGAUUCGGGUCAGGGUCUCGGCCCGGGUCCCGCCGAGUUCCACCGCCUCUACCUGGUCUCGCGAGACUCGAGCGUGCGCUGCGAGGCGCCCCCCGGCGCUCGCAACUCUCGCCUCGUGCUCGCGUGCGACCGCCCGGCGCGCGCACUCAAGUACACGCUCAAGGUGCAGCGCGUGAGUCCCAACUACCGCGGACUCGAGUUUGCGCCGAAGAGGGAGUACCACAUCAUAUCCACAUCGGACGGCACAUGGGAGGGACUGUCCGGGCGCGUGGGAGGCGCCUGCGCCACGCACGGCAUGAGGCUCGUGCUGAGGGUGGGGCUAGACCCACGUGACGAGGAACGAGCCCGAGGCAUUAUGGGAGGAGCAGCGUGGCAAGAUGGGAAAACCACACGGCAUCACGGGAGGGCGAUGACUUCUGAUCCGACACAGGGGAAGUCACGUGACUGGAACGCUUCAGACUUGCGUGACGUCACCAGCACGGCUCAAGUCCCGCACCCAGCCUACCCCGGCCCGCUGCUGAUUGGCUGGCUGGCUGCAGGCUCCGCCCUCGUCCUGCUAAUCUCAUUCGUUGGACUCUCGAUCACGUGGCCCCGCCUCCGCCGGCACCGGGCGCCCCAGAGCACAGGAUGCCGUCAGGACAGCAGCGGCAGCAGCAGAAGAAGGGCCAGGUCUGGGGCACGAGCAGGAGGAGGGGGGGACGACGAGAAUGAGGCUGAGGAGGAGACGGAGGAGGAUGGGGGUGUGCGUGGCGGCGGUGGGGGUGGAGGUGGCGGAGGAGCGGUGGCGCCCGGCGGUUCCCCGUGUGGAGGGGCGGGAGCCCCGUGCCCGCACUACGGGAAGGUGUCUGGAGACUACGGACUGCCCCUGUACAUCGUGCCCGACCUGGCGAGACAGCACGCCGCCUCCGUCUACUACCAGGUGUGAGGAGCACAGGGCUAGCGGCAGCUACGGUGGAGGUGGAAACAUCACCAGCAGCAGCAGCAGAAACACUGGGAGCAUCAAUUGAAGCACCCGCACCUCCGAUUAGCACGGUUGGCUACGUACGGUGCGAAAGAAGUUCAACAUACAGAAGCAGCAUCAGCAGAAGCACAGGAAGCAUCAGUGGUAACGUCAGCAAACGCAGCAGUAGUGACAGUGACGGUGGCAGCAGCAGCAGGGGAAGCAGCAGCAGCGGCAUCAGUUAUCAUCAGCGGAAGCAGUAGCAGAAGCAGCGAGAGACUUAUCAGUACCAGCAGCAGAAGCAGCCUCGGCCUCAAGAUCAUCGUCGUCAUAAUCACCACCACCAGCAUUAGCAUCAGCAAGAUGCACCGGCUUCGUUAUUAACCAGCUACAGUAGAUCACCAGCAUCCAUUGCAGCAAAAAAACCAGCAGCACAACCACAGAGAGGAGCAUGACCUCAGGUCACUCGUGUGACAGCCGUUCUCAUCACAACAUGGUGAGCGCUGCUGUGGCUUCUUCCUGCAGGGCUCCGAGACUCUACAAGCUGCACAAGCCGGGCGGGAAGUGAGCCUCGUUGGGAGGAGGUGACUGCGUAGACUGAAUUAUGGCAAGGCUUCUUUAUAUUUCAUCGAUAACGGGAUUUUUUUUUUUAAGAGCAACAAACAACAACAGCCGCCAUUCGCCACUAAGUGGCGGUGACAUCACCACGGCGUCUGUGCCAGGCCAGGUGCACGUUUGAGGCUACGUGAAGUGUCGAAGGAGGAGGUCAAGGGACAGACCCAGGUGCUAUGAAUUGAUUGAUUGAGAUGAUUGGCUGUGCCCUCUACAAGCAAAAAACAACACCACCACCAAGACCAACACCAUUAACAACAACAGCUUUUAAAUUCCAAAGUUUGAAAUUGUAGAGGUUUUUUCCCAGGCGUUCAAGGACUUGUCAAAGUGAUUCAUGAGGUGUGGAGAAAUGUUGAUACACUCCUCUAGUAAACGCUUCAACGUUACAUUCGCCAGGCACAGUAUGCUGCCGCUGCGUAAUGGUUUGAGCACAGAUAUACGUGAGCAAGAACCAGAGGUCGUGUGUGGUGGGGUGAAGUGUGGGUAACUCUCCCACCUUCUCCGAGAUAUUUGUUCAUAGUGGAGGCGCUACCAUCGGCAGUGGCGUGAGCAAGCGAUUGCAGGGGCUGCAUCUUUACAGUUUUUUUUACAUUAAACACCCCCACCAACAAAAAAAACAAUAGCACUCCAAGACUAGCAUCACUUACGCUGCCUUAAAACAGUCGACAGGACAGCGAGCACUUGGUUCGUCAGAGGAGAGGAAAUCCAAGAAAUGUCACAAACGUAGAGAGGCACCGGGAGCGCAGAUCACCGUUAGACAGCGUUGUUCGGAGCGGGGUAAUACUGGAGAGAGACAGACUCUGGGCUGUGGAUGUGGAGAUUGAUGAUGAUGGUGAUGAUGAUUGUAGUCCAAGGCGCGAAUGAGUGGAUAUGGACUGAGGACCGGGAAGGCAGAUUCACGUGAGGUGCAUGGACGGUAAUUCCAGAAAGAAGAAAAAUAAGAGGAUGAGGAUGACGGAUCAAUAUAAAAGCCCAGUGGUUCUCAACCUUUCAUCGUACGGCAGCCGCCAAAUCAAGACUGACUCGUCCUCGCGCGUCCCCCCCCCGCCCUUCACCCCCCCCCCCACCUCAGUGUUGCUAAGGCCACCAGACACAGAGAGAUCACGUGUCCGUGUCGCGUAUCAGUGUGGGUCUGUCACCGCGACGUCGAUGCCACGUUGUGGUGACAUUCGAAAUUUAUCCUGCGCGGUAUCCAUGCCUCAGACUGCGCUCUAAGUGGCAAUUACACCGAUUGAGAACUGCUAUAGUAGCCUGACGUUUCAGGAAAUGGCCCUUCUUCAGAUCAGAGAGCGAGAGGGAGCAGUGAUCACACUUUAUAGUUUAGACUGUGAGGCCAUCAAAGACGGGGGGGGGGGGGGGGGGGGAGAAAAAAAGGAAAAAAUAUGAAUCUGUGUUAAGCCUACGACCAAACCACCCAGAUUCCAAGAACACAGGAUGAGAUGUUACUAUCCUUUGUGCAAGCACUUCCAAGAGUUCAUGAAUACCCGAUGUAAAUUUCGUGGAACUACGCAGGGCUGAGCAUAGAAAGUACUCGGAUGAGCAACCACCAUGCAUAACAGGUUGUUAUAGGCUGCUGCGGGGCUACACGUAGUGGGGAGCAGAGGGGAGUGAAGUGUUGUUUCGUGCUUUUAUGCCCUUACUCCUUUGCCUCCUCCCACCUUCACCAACCUGCAAUGACCGGCGUGGUGAAGUAUGGCUAAACAACCCGUACGACCGGCACGGUACGUGAAGGCAGGACCUCAUCCAGCAGUCGACUGCCAAAAGGGCUGUACACGUUCACGUGUAAGGCCGGGUGAGUGCAAGUCAAGCUGAGUGCUGUCCAGCACCAUGCUCUGCUACGGUUGAAAGCGUUUAUGAAACAUUUUUUACCAGAUAAGGUCAACUCAGCUAUGUAGCUCUUAUUCAGAAGCGACCUGGCUAUCACUAAUGAUAGCUCAACGAAGUGGCUUAUCAUCAUCAC